GCAAAGUCUGAUUUCCGAUCAGCUGUGCUCUGUAAUGAAACCUGCAGGGUCCUGUCCUAACGCCACAUCAGGAGCGGAACUUCCUCGGUUAAACUGCUCAGGUGAACCUUUAAAGAAAGCGAUUGUGUACACUUUUCUAGCACAAUCCACACAGAGACGACCAUGAUGAAGAAAAGUGUCCUCUUUCUGACGUCUGUUUUAUUUGUCUGUGUUGCGGCUGACCUAACUGCCCCUGAAGUCCACACAAAGCUUGGCAGCCUGAGAGGUAAGUAUGUGAGCGUGAAGGGGAAGGACACAGGGGUCCAUGCCUAUCUGGGUGUCCCAUUUGCCAAGGCCCCUUUAGGCCCUGCUCUGAGACUGGCUGCACCUCAGCCUGUAGAGGGAUGGGAAGGAGUGAGGGACGCCACAAAGCAGCCACCAAUGUGUGUUCAGAACAAAAAGCUUGUUUUCGAUCUGCUUGAUAAGCUUGGCGGCAUAGUGCCAGAUGUUCCGGACAUUUCAGAGGACUGCCUUUACCUGAACAUUUACACUCCUGCAAACAGGGCUCACAAUGCCAAGCUCCCAGUCAUGGUCUGGAUCCAUGGUGGAGGGUUUACUCUGGGUUCAGCUUCCAUGUUUGAUGGCUCUGCCCUGGCUGCAUACCAGGAUGUGGUUGUGGUUCUGAUCCAGUACCGCUUGGGACUUCUGGGCUUUCUCAGCACUGGAGAUGAGCAUUUGUCAGGGAACUUUGGUCUGCUGGACCAGGUCCAAGCUCUGAGGUGGACCCAGGAGCACAUUCACAGCUUUGGAGGGGACCCAGAUUUGGUUACCAUAUUUGGGGAGUCUGCUGGUGGAGUGAGUGUAUCCCUUCUGCUUCUCUCACCGCUGUCUGAUGGCCUGUUCCACCGUGCCAUCGCCGAGAGUGGUACUGCUGCCAUGGAUAUGCUCUACACAAAUGAUCCUCUACCAGCGACACAUAUGGUAGCAAAUAUGUCCGGCUGCAGCCUUGAGAGCUCAAAGAAGAUCGCUGAUUGCAUGAAAAACCUUGAUAUUAAUACUAUUGUGACUCUUGCAGAGGAUGAAAGAUUGAGAUUUCUCCUAAAUGUUGAUGGACACUUCCUGACAAAACCUGUGGAUGAACUGUUCCAUAAACAUGAACUUCUCAUGGUUCCAUUCAUGACUGGUGUUAAUGAUGAUGAAGGGGGUUGGUUACUUUCUGAUUUCUUAGCCCCUCCAAACUGGACAGAAGGAAUGGAUCGGGAGCAGAUUGUGAACAUAAUCUCCAUAUUCUACCCUGAUCCCAAAGAUGCGAUCUUCAGAGAUUUCCUCGUGGAUGAAUAUAUUGGAACCGGUGAAGAUCGUGUGAAAAACAGAAAUGGGUUCACUGAGAUUCUUGGAGAUAUGAUAUUCAACAUUGCAGCCAUCAAGGCUGCCAAUGCCCACAGAGAUGCAGGUGCUCCUGUGUACCUGUACGAGUACCAGCAUCCUCCCAAAUUCCUGCAGGCAAAAAGGCCAAGCUUUGUCCGCAGUGACCACGGAGAUGAAAUAUUUACAGUAUUAGGAUUCUGCUUCACAACAUCCCAAGUCAGAUUAGUUGAUGCAUGCGCUGAAGAAGAGGAGCAGUUAAGCAGAACCAUGAUGAGCUACUGGGGUAACUUUGCUCACACAGGCUCUCCAAAUGGGCGCGGUCUUGUCCACUGGCCAAAGUAUGGAUCAGAAGGAGACUAUCUGAAAAUUGGUAUAAAGGAGCAGGCAGCCGGCCAGCACCUGAAGAAGGACCGGUUUGUCUUCCUGACUCAGACCCUCCCGGAGAAGAUCCGACAGCAUAAAGAGAAGGAGCACACCGAGCUGUAGAACAGCAACCUCUCCUUCAUCCAGUCCUUCUUUUCUUUUUUCUUUAAAUUAAUUCCAUUAACACAUGCAAGUCAGACAAAACAGUCACACUGUGAAACUGCUAUUAAACCAUAUUAAUAAUAUUUUUUUAGACAUGGAUAACAAUAUUAUUAAUCGUAAUAUUUGGAGAAAUGUCAGUACUUUUUGUAAUUUGAACAAUUUAACUUUCUGCACUUUUUGAAGCAUAUGCAUAGUACCAUACCAUGUGAGAAAUUUGGAAAAGAGAUCCUUUGCAAAUUCUGUCUUCAGAGGAUUUUCCAAUUGAACACAGUUAAAAUGAAGGUUGUAUGUGUUGUGUCGUGGACAGGAUGUUUUUUGGGGGGCUUUUCAUGUUCAAUGUGAAUGUUGGAAUAUCGGUUUUAAUCCAAGGUAGACAGCUUGCAGGGAAUUCCUCAGUGAAAUUUGAAAGCCCCAAAAUAAU